AUGACGUGUCAACAUUUUCUCUACGACAGCGUGAAGAAAUGUUGUCUCAGGGGAGCUGAUUUAAGCUCUUCUGGGAUCAAACCUGCUUCCGGUCAACACUUGUACUCGCAAAGCACCAAGUACUGCGACGUGGCUCUUGGCUACAACUCGACCAUCAUGCGAACGUUCGGACUUUGUCUGAAAAUCUUCUUCUCAGCUACAGACUUCAGUUUAGCCAAUGUGUCCUGCAGCACCAUACAAGGUCGACUGGUGAUGGUCAAAUCAAACGCCACAAAGGAAUCUCUUGCAACGAUAAUGCAGGACAUGAACAUGGAUAGAGCCUGGGUAGGAAUAGACGAUAUACAGUCAGAGGGAACGUACGUCUGGUCAGACGGUUCAGUGUUGACACCAGAAGAGAAGACUGUGUAUUUAGCUGGACAACCAGACGAUCUGUACAACAACCAAGACUGCACUGUUAUCAAGAAAUACUUCAGAGCGUUAGAUGAUACAUUCUGUACGAACAAUGAAAUGUAUUUCUGUGAAUACAUUAAUUAA